UUCUGGACGGUAUUGGCAAGGGACUCAACCCUCGCUUCGACAUCUCAGAGAUUGCACGACCAUACGCGCUGGAGCUGCUACGACUACGUGAGGCAGGCAUUGAUUAUGUUUUCAAGGAUCUGAAGAAGAGAUGGGACAGGCAAGCGAGAGCUUUCAAUAACCUGUUUCGUGGUCCAGAUCGGGUGGCGAAGCUUGAAAGGAUUGUGACCAAGCUGGAGCAAGGUGAUCUGAAGUUGCGAGUGAGAACUCUGGAAUCAGAGAGAGCAUUCAAGCGGGUAGCGGCAGUGCAAAACAACCUGGAGCGGGUAUGGACGAGCUGGAUUCCCCAUUCCGUUGUCUUUUCCUUUUCUCCACUUCUUGUAACGUUAAUGUUACCUUAAUUUCAUCCUGACCUGACCUGCAGAGGACAGUUCUUUCUUCCCUUUUCUAUGCCGUCCCUUAUGUGG